AUGGCACUGCUAGCCAAUCAGCUGAUGGAUUCAGCCAGGGAUCUAAAUGGCAUCAAUGGGAGGGUGGAUCACCUUCCACAGUUCCUGAGGGUACAGAACCAGGGUCACAUGACCCAUGUCAACGUCACCCAGGAAGACACGCACAAGAACAGGAAGUACCCGUGCCCACUGUGUGGCAAGCGCUUCCGCUUCAACAGCAUCUUGUCACUGCACAUGCGCACGCACACUGGCGAGAAGCCCUUUAAGUGCCCUUACUGUGACCACAGGGCAGCGCAGAAGGGCAACCUCAAGAUCCACUUACGCACUCACAAGCAGGGCAACCUUGGGAAAGGCCGUGGCCGGAUCAGAGAGGAGAACAGGCUGCUCCACGAGCUGGAGGAGAGGGCCAUCCUGAGGGACAGGCACAUCAGGGGUGGUAUAGGUGGUCUGACCCAGCCACCACCACCCCACAUCCCCCAUCCCCAGCUCCAGCAGCCACAGCCUGCUUCUACCACCACCCAGCUCCCCUUGACUUGCACAGGCCCUGGCUCUGUGGAGACCUUUUCACUGCCAUCUGUCUCCCCCAAGAUGACCACCACAGGCCAGGAGGAUCACACACAGGCUCAGCCUUCCGCAGGGUUCCGCUGCUCCUUCUGCAAAGGAAAGUUCAGGAAGCAGCAGGAGCUGGAGCGCCACAUCCGUAUCCUCCACAAGCCAUACAAGUGCACCCUGUGUGAGUACGCGGCCUCCCAGGAGGAGGAGCUCAUCAGCCACGUAGAGACGGCCCACAUCACCUCCGUGUCAGCCCAAAGUCAGAGUUCCGCGGUGGGCAGCUUGAAGCCCCCUGGUGGGGAGUUCCCCUGCAAGGUGUGUGGUCAGACCUUCAGCCAGGCCUGGUUUCUCAAGGGACACAUGCGGAAGCACAAGGACUCAUUCGAGCACUGCUGCCAGAUCUGUAGCCGGCGCUUCAAAGAACCCUGGUUCCUCAAGAACCACAUGAAGGUUCACCUUAACAAGCUGUCUGCUAAGACCAAGCAGCUUCCUGCUGACCCUCAGGUAUCUGUUACCAUGGCUAGAGUAGUCCAGGACGCCCACUACACAAACCUCUACUCCCAGUACAUCUCAAGCCUCCACAGCAGGUUCCUCUCUGCGGAGAAAGCGGGCCAGUCGGAGUUCCAGCAGAUUCUUGCCACAGCAGGCAUCGGGAUGAAGGUGAAGGAGAUGCUGGGUAAGAUGCUGGCACCAGGACAUGAUUCACUGACGGAGGGUGAUAAUAAUCACUCUUUGUUGGGUUUGAAUCAUCUGGCGCCUCCCCUGAGUUCGAGCAAUGUGGAGUAUCAACCACAAGCUCCUGCCAACGAGAGCAACAACCUCAAAAGCUACCCAGGCUGGCAGGUCAUGGCACCAGGACUGGCUGUAGAUCAAGUGGACCUAUACACAGCUAAAGAACAGCAGCGGGCCUACCAGGCUGGGUGGAGGGUGUCAGAUGAGCGACGAGCGCCUGUGUGCAACCCAGAGACCCAGGCUAUUAGUAGGAGUAGUAGCCCAGAUCUGAGCCAUAUCUUGGAGGAGAGCUCCAUAGGACCAGACCUCUCUCAGACUGGCAGUACCCAGGAUAACAGCAGCCUACCCUCCUCAGUCUCAGGUAAGGAGAAGUCCUACAGCUGUCCCUCCAGUGACUACAUCAGUGCCCAGUCAGCCUCUCUCAGUUACCAUCUAGAGGGCUACCACCCCAACCAACACCCCCAGUGGAACCAGGACACCAUGGACAACAGAGCCCCCUCGUCCCCACAGACCCCAAACCCCAAGGACCGGAGCCCUACUUCUGGCCUCUACAGUGGGAUGGAAGGCACUGAUGAGAACCGGAGAAACCCAGGUACACUGCAAAUGGACAGGCCUCCCAACCUGCCCAACCCUUCCAACCUAAACCUACACCGGGCCUAUGGAGGACCUACAGCUAUGGAGGAUAACAGUGUGAACCCACAGGGUCUUCAUCAAUCCAUACAGACCUUCAUCAAUGGCCUGACAUCCAGCAUUCUGAGAGGUGGUAGAAAGAGGAGAGCAAGGGGAGGGAGGGUCAGCCCUCCCGGGGGAGGACAGGGGAGCUCUGAGGGGGAGUAUGGUGUUGGAGUCAGGGGGAGUGACUGGGACAGUGAGGGGGAGGCAGGUGCUGGUGGCUCUGCAGUCACACCCAGGACCAGGAAGUCCCAGUAUGAGCCUCUGGAUUUGUCACUCAGGCCAGACUGGGUGCUGUCGUCACAGCCUGGUUCAGGGGGAUUGACUGGGUUAUUCCAGCAGCACAGCUCCCUCUCCUCAAAUAGCAAUGGGCUGCAGGCUGGACAACACACAGCCCGGUCUGACACUGGUAGUGACCUGGAGAUGCCUAUAGAGCAGGAGGACGCACACACUUAUGACUCAUCAGCUCACAAUGGGGAGUGUACACUGGAGAGACCUGUGUUUAACAAAGAGGAGGAAGAAGAGGACCUCAACAAGUGGAGGAUGAUGAAGAGGAGCAGCAACGAAGCAGGGCUGAGUGAGGAGAUGACAGAGAUGAUGGUUGGUGUUCCCCAGGGGCCCAGUGAGGCCCCUCAGUGUACCCAAGGGAAGCAGGGCCAGUGGGGCAGGUCGGUCAUCCAGCCUCUCCUCUCUCCUCUGGAGCUGUUGAAGCCAGGGCAGACUCCUCACCACUACCUCCAUCCCCACAGGAACCUCUCAGUCCUCUGGUCCUUCAGUGGCCAGAAUCACACGUUCCUCAAUGACAAUGAAGAGAGCUUGAAUGGUGGAGGGGGAGGGCCAAUGAAGAGAGCAGAUACUUCAAGGGGGAAGCCUUUCCAGUGCAGGUACUGCCCCUACAGUGCCACCCAGAAGGGGAACCUGAAGACUCAUGUCCUGUGUGUCCACCGCAGGCCCUUCGACAGCAGCCUGUACCCAGACAGACGCCUCCGACGGCCCCGUGCCAACACCCCUGUGACACCCUACACCUCCCAGGAAGGUGACAAGGCCCAGUUCUCCAGCUGA